CCGUCUUCCACGAACUCGAAGACGAAUCCACACUCCCGCUUCCACGAGCUCGAACCUAUUCCAGAUUCAGCUUUGGACGGAAGACUUGUGAAAAACAUGGAGCAUGUUCUAAAUUUAGGUGGCUCAUCCCCAACUAUGCUCGGAUCAUUUUCCUCACCUCGGCAAUGUAUUGCAAGCCAGAUUGCCUAUAAAUGGAGUUAUCAAUCUAUGCGGAUCAAUGAUAGACUUUCGUCCCUCUUCUUUGACAAAUGCCGCCAGUUGCAGUGUACACAUGAACUACAUGGGCCACAAACAUCAAGAACCUCCAUUUUUGCUUGCCAGAUGCCUGCUCGUGAUAUUCGUUACAGCAAGAAACGGUUGAGCCACCCKCAAAAUGCAGAUCUUYCUCCCRUAUUACCSAAGAGAAAGAAGAAACCGUAUCCAAUUCCUCUGAAGAAAAUUCUGGAAGCUUCACGGGCCGACAAAAAACUUGCAGAAAUGGGUAAAGAGAAGCCACUUGAGCCUCCGAAGAACGGGCUUCUUGUUCCUGAUCUGGUUCCAGUUGCCUAUGAAGUUCUUGAUGCUUGGAAGAUCUUGAUCAAAGGAGUUUCACAACUUCUUCAUGUCAUUCCUGUCCAUGCUUGCAGAAAUUACCUGUCUUCGGCGAUGGAGACGACCACGGUGGGAGAAAGCGACAGAGAUGGAGACGACCACGGUGGGAGAAAGCGACGGAGCCGGAGACGGCCAUCGUGGGAGAAAGCUACGGAGCCGGCGAUGUUUGAGGUUGGAGGAGACAGCAAUGUUAGAGACUGGAGGAGAUGGUCAGGGAUGAAAAUGGAGGAUGCGAUGGAGACGUGA